UGUCUGGUUUUUGCGUCAACAGAUGGCCAGACAGCAACGGGAGAACCCCACACAGAUCCCAGCCCAUCCAGUCCACAUGCUUCAGGUCUGUUGAAAAUGCCACCACAUUCUGCAGGUCUUCAUCGAACCACAGCCAACAACAGUAGUGGUGGAGACUCUACCUAUGUGCCAGCUGAUGUAGCUGAUGUGCCAGCUUACAGCAUUGGGGAUAUGACUCGAACAGACCCCAUCAACAUUCCUGCUAACAGUUCCCGGGCCAGUGAGGAUUCCUACUGGGGAUACAGAAAUGAUGCCUUCGGUGAGGACAAGAAUGGUUCCAAUCAUGAGUGGGACAGUCCAGGCAGAGAGGAGACUUUAGCAGAGUCCACUCUUCCAUGGCGUCGACAGUUUAGUCUCCCACCUGUGCCUUCCUCGCUGUCCCUGAGUCUUCCAGAUGAUGAAAAUCCACUCAUGUCUGAGGCACCUUCAUGGGCAGACAAUCUAGCAUACAGCCAUCUCACAGAGACUGGUUCCCCGUACAACUCACCACAGAACACAAUCACCGCCAAACCACCUGUCACCCAGCCCCGUGCAGUGUUUGACAUCUUCCCCUCUAGUUCCCCACCUCACAGCGACAGUCCUGUCUCCUCCAUCCCACCUCCUUGGAGCCUCAAAAACUGUGUGCCUGAUCAUCAUGACCAAGAGCCACUUCCCAGCCAGGCCAUUGCUGGGCGAGACUCCGGAGACAAGGCCAGCUGCUUCCUAGUCUCAUCUCAUGAUCUGGUGCCACCUUCCUACCAUUCCUGCAUCCAGCCCGCCAGCCGAGGACUGGAGGUGGCCACCUUACGCAGACACAGUGAAGUCAGCUCACCCACACACUUCCAGAUUGUGGAGAAGCCUCAGACUAUAUCUGUGGCUGCUUUAGAGUCGCAGCUGAUUGGCAUAGAAGAGGAUUAUCAUCAUGGCAUGAAGGAGAGAGUGUCCCAGUGGCUGGCCAGCUCUAGUCAUGAGGGUUCCGAUAUUGAAGAUGUAGACUUUGAACUUUCAACCAAGGAAGAAAGCCAGAAAGUCCUGGAGUCACUGCGGCACAAGAAGGAGACCUGGCACCUGGGUGGCAAAGAUGAUGGAACUGAUGCAGAUGUGGAGUCAGAUGAUGAAGUCGAAGACACUAGGUUGUGA